CACGAAACGUAGCCUCAGGCAGUGCUCCCAAUAAACGACUGGCCGAAGGGCUGAUGACAUCUGCCAAUCAUAUCGAGAGUUUGACCCCUCAGUUGGUCAGCGCCGGACGAAUCAGACUCACUCAUCCUGACAAUAAGGCAGCCGAUGAGCACUUCGAGAAUCUUAGAAAACAAUACUCAGACACCAUUCAGAACAUGAGGAAUAUGGUGGACGAGGCGGUGGACACCGUUAGCUUUAUUAAAGCGUCUGAGGACUCGAUAUUAAAAUACACGGCUUUGUGUGAGAAUGCGAUUGUGAACCGACAGCAACAGAGUAUGGUUGACAACACCUCUAAUAUCGCACGUCUGGCCAAUCGGGUUCUGAUGGUCGCCAAACAGGAGUCCGACAACUCUGAAGACCCCAAUUUCAUCAGUCGAGUCAACAGAGCAGCCGAUGAGUUGCAGUCCACCGUUCCCGUUAUGGUUCAGGACGCCAAGAAUGUGGCCAUCAAUAUAUCUGAUCCCAAAGCCAUAUCUCGUUGGAGGGAUUCUAAUAGAGCCUUAAUCAAUUCAGUGGCAGAAGUAAAGAAAGCCGUUUCUGUAGACCUGCCGGACAUGAGUUCACUCUAUAUAAGUGGUAAUCUAUUAUAUAAUUAAUUUGCUAAACAAAAUGCCUUUCCUUCAAAAGUUGAAACCUGACAAAAAACUUGAUAAAAUGAAAACAUUAAAUGUUGUGAUGACCUGAACUAAACUCAUUGUAAUCGUCAGCUCCGGAGCC